CAAUGUGUCCUUCCAAGUUGCCUACCUAUGGAGAAACUUAAAUGAGAAGAGAAGGAAGUGACUAGAGAUAGAGUGUUCUUUUCUUUUCCUCUGUCCUGGAUCAUGGCAUUGCAAUCGAUGGUCUCGAGUGCUUGCCGCGCGGUUGUGAUUUUCUCUUUCCUCGCUUCCUGGAGCUUCGAUCUGGUGGCUGCUCAGAAUGAAAUAACCAAAGUCUACGACUUCCAGGUCGUAAGCUCGAUGGUGAGGAGGCUGGGAAGAACAAAGAACAUUAUCACUGUCAAUGGCGAGCUCCCGGGACCAACAAUCUAUGCCAACGACGGCGAUAGGCUUCUCAUCACAGUAAGGAACACUGUGAAGUACAAGAUGUCGAUCCACUGGCAUGGAAUCCGGCAAUUUAGAAGUCCCUGGUUCGAUGGCCCAGCGUAUGUCACGCAGUGUCCUCUCAAGCAAGGCCAAUCGUUCCUCUACAACUUCACCGUGGAUUCACACAUGGGAACUCUCUUCUGGCAUGCCCACAUCAUGUGGCUUCGAGCCACUGUUUAUGGAGCCAUCGUCAUCUAUCCAAGGAGGACAAUGCCUUACCCAUUCAAGUCCCCCUACGAAGAACAAGUUGUCAUCCUUGGGGAGUGGUGGAACAACGACAUCCAAGCGAUCGAGGAGGACGCUUUGAGGCACGGGGCUCCAAACCAAUCGGACGCUUACACCAUCAAUGGAUUCCCGGGCCCGAGCUACAAGGAAUCGGAAGCACAAGAAGUGUACACCCUGAACGCCAUCACCGGCAAGAGAUACCUCCUCCGCCUCGUCAAUGCUGCCCUCAACAUGGAGCUCUUCUUCUCCAUCGCCAACCAUAGCAUGACGGUGGUGGAAGUAGACGCCGAGUACACCAAGCCUUACACCACGGACACUAUCCUCCUCACGCCCGGACAAACCACUAACGUAGUCAUCACCGCGGACCAGCCAUGCGCUCGCUACUUCAUGUCCGCAGUGCCAUACAUGUCUGCGCAGCAUGUCCCCUACACCCCCACCGCUGCCACUGCCGUGCUCGAGUACAUCGCCUGCGACAUGAAAUCCUCCACGUUUGCGACGCCAGAGACUCCGAUCCAGCCCUUCUUCAACGACACAAGCUACGCGACUAGAUUCUCUGGGAGCUUGCGGAGCCUGGCAUCUUCACAGCACAAGAUCGAUGUCCCGCAGACCGUGGACAAGGAGUUUUUGUUCGCGAUCGGGCUGGGAAUCAAGCCAUGCUCGCCCGGGAGCACUUGCCGAGCACCAGACAAUGGGAACUUCACUGCCUCGAUCAACAACGUCUCGUUUGCUCUCCCGACCAAGAUGUCCCUCAUGGAGGCCUACUACCGGAAUGUCCCGGGGAUCUACUCCACGGACUUCCCGGUCGCGCCGGUCAACCCUUUUGACUACACUGACCAGAGCUCGGGUUCUUUAAAGAAUGUGGCUCCCCAGGUGGGAACCAGGAUCUCGGUCAUUCCGUACGGCUCCAACGUCCAGAUUGUGUUCCAGAACACGUACAUUGCUGGGUUUGAGAACCACCCAAUCCAUCUCCACGGCUAUAAUUUCUAUGUGCUCGGCUAUGGCUUUGGAAACUAUGAUGCUUCCAAGAGCUCACAGUUUAAUCUGGUUGAUCCUCCUCUCAGGAACACAAUCGGUGUUCCAUCCGGAGGAUGGGCCGUGAUUAGAUUCAAAGCUGACAAUCCAGGUGUGUGGUACAUGCAUUGCCACCUUGAGAUUCACACAACUUGGGGCCUUGCCACUGCGAUUCUUGUCACAAAUGGCGUAGGACCGGAUCAAUCGAUUGUUCCACCGCCGGAUGAUUAUCCACAGUGCUAGCUAGUGCCUCUGAUCAUCACAGCGAAGAUCUUAUAUCAGGAUUUAGUUUAGUUUUCUUUCCCUCCAGGUUGCUUUAAGAUGCAAGCAAGCGAGGGGAAUGAUUUUAGGUGGGUACAUACAAUGAUCGGGUGUUUAAACCUAGAGUUAAAAGAGAAAGUCAAAGAAAAGAGAAAGCACGUUGAGAUCUGUGGACCAACUUCUUGAGUAAGUUCUUCUCAAAGAAGAAUUCCAUUACUUUACGUAUA